CUGGCCCCUCCCUUCCUCUCGCCUCCCCCGUUCACACACAGCAGCAUGGUGCAGGUGACUAAGCCCCUGGUCAUCGCAGGCGUCUCGGCUGUGGCAGCCGCCGCUCUUCUUAUCUUCGCUCUCGCCCGCAACGGCAGCUCCAGCGACGCGAAGAAGGAGAAGAAGGACGACGGUGUACGUGAAGUGCCCAACCUACAAAAGGAGCAGCUGCUCAGCAUCCUUGAGACCAUUUGCACGCAGAUGGGCCAAGUUGUGAUGCAACUGGCCAAGCUGGAGGCUAAGAUCCGCCAGGAAUCGUCCCAGAGCGGACGCUCCUUGCCUGAGGAUCAACUGGCCUCGUACCUCAUGGGUCAGUUCGAGGAGGCCAUGAAGGCCAUCGAGUCACAGGUGUACGCCAAGUUCCAGACCACCGAGGACGAGGUCAAGGUGGCCACCGAAUACUUCGAAGAGGAUGGCGACAAGGACGUGGCCAACGCUGUGGCCAAGCUGCAGGAACUGUACCGUGUCAUGACCGGCGGCGGCUUCAGUGACGUCGAGGUGCCCGCCGAGCUCACACUGACCAAGUUCAUUGCGAUCAUGCAGGAGACAAUGGAGUCGCUCAAUGUGGCCAUGGAGGAAGUGUGUCUGGAGGUCAAGGAACUGAACCCGGACAACAAGGAAGAAGCCAUUAACCAGAGAUAUGUCAAGCGCGCAGACAACCUGUCGGCCGAGAUCCACGCCAAGCACGGCCUCACGCGCGAGGUUCUGCAGGCGGCGAUGAUGAAAUACCAGCAGGAACCGGCCUUUUUGAUGGCCAUGACGGAGCUCCAGCAGCAACAGGCCGAGCGCUUCGCCGCGGCCGCCGCCAUCUUCAACGCCAUUGCAGGGCAGGAAAUGUGCUCAGUUCUACCUCACUCGCCCCGGAUAGCUCCCAGUAUUGAAGUGUAUGAUCCCGAUGAAAGUGUCGAGAAAAAGUGGAGAGCACAGUUGCACGAUCUACGGAAGCCCUGCAUUGAAGCAGGACACGUAGAUCGAACCAAGGUGCUGCAUAAUAUGAUGAAAAAGAAGCUGCAUGACGAUGAAGAGCAGUCCCCAUUGCUCUUGUGGGGGUUGCCUCGUGAACAUAUUCUCGAGUUUAUCCGUCAGUCUGUGCUUCCAACGUCUUGGAUAAUCCAGCGGUUCAUCGCUGACCUACGCGCUGAUCCAACGUUGUGGGCAGCCUUCCAGCAAGAAAUUGAGCAGAUUCAGCAGCAGUACCGACAGAAAAACCACAUCGGCGACAAAAUCCGCGAAAAUAAAGAACGCUCGAAGACUCCGAGAUCUCCUGAAGAUCACGAACUCCGAAAGAAACAAGCCGCAGAGCGAAUGGAGCGCACCCAUCGUCACCGCGAACAGAUUAUCCAAUUGGAAGACGAAAAGCUGGCAGCAAAGCGCGAGGCAUACCUACGGAAGGUAAACCCAGACAGGCAACUGGCAGCGGAACUAGAACAAACUCCUCGCUACCGACGACGUAAACUCUGGCUUCACGUGGUGUCGUUCGCCGCAAUCUCGCAUCGCUGGCACCAACAACUCGUGCAGACUAAGCAUAUCAUGGCGAUGGCCAAAAUCGAGGGUGUUGCUGCGUGUAUCAUCCAAAAGAUCUGGCGAAAGUGGAAGUGGCAGCACGCCUCGAAGCACACAGUGAUCGUCUACACGUGGCUUCGAAAGUGUUUGUGGAAGCAACUCUUACGAGUACGCUGUCGUCGCAAAGCUCGGAAUGCUGCAUUGUUGCGGCAGUUCAUGCUGGAUCAAUGCACUCAGUGCCACGCCAAGAAGAAUUUCAACCGCGUGAUGAUCCAGUGGCGAGGUAAAGUCAUUCGUGCUCAGAAGGCUGGCAUGUCCUUCAUCAACUGCAACCGAGCUCGACUGCAUGCGCUGUCCAUCUGGUGGGACAACAUGGACCAUGAACGUCAGCGCAUGGAACGCCAACAAAACAUCGACGAGAGGCGCCUGAGUGCACGAAAAGACUCGAUUAGUGGGUCUGCACCGGGAUCAGCGGGCAAACAUCGGUCUCGAGCAGGCUCCGUCGCUAUACUCGGAGGUAUGGACGAGAAGCUGGCCACCAUGCAAAUGCUCAUUACACCAGUCGAGCUCCAACGUCUCCAACAAACCACUGCCCAUGUCGUGAAGAUACCAAAAAGCAUCAAAUGGCAACUCCUGACCGAGCACCUAAUUGAAUGUAGGAAAGAAUUCCGACAACAGCAGCAAGCCUACAAGGAAAUGAUCUUUUGUGCGAGUUAUGCCAGAGAAGUGAAGCUGGAAGAAGCCCGUGCGAUCGUCCAGGGGUCUUUAACGUGGGAUGAAGCAACAGAUAAUCGCAGCAACAUUCCCACCGGUAGUACGGGCAAACCUGUGCACUCACCCCCGUGCUUCGUCCUCUUUUCCAACCCCAACGCUCGCGUUGGAUGCGGAUCCAGAACUACGCGCACUCGUCGCACGGCAACAAGAACAUCGCGUGCCAACUUCUCGUCGACCAUCUGUCUCUUUCUCUGGCGCAUCUGCAGGCUCACCGUCGCUGUCACCUUCGCGUAG